UUUUUUCUACGUGUAAUCAUAAAGCCAUUCGUCCUUCAUACUCACACAUUUCCUACAUUCUACCCUGUUCCACUUUUUACUCGUCCACAUGUUGUAACAUGCUCCUGCCGCUACUGCCCCGCACCAUGGCGACUUCCAAUAACCCUCUCAACGACUGACAUUUUUAUCAAUCUGAACACACAUUCAUGCCAACACGAACACCUUGAGGUUUCUCCUGCCAUCGAAGAACCUGCAUCGUACUAUCAAAUCCUCUCCAGCGGGGCAUCCAGCAUGUUAUCCUCCUCGACCAGUAGCUGGUCUGCCGGCCUGAUGGGACCAGCAUCAGACUCUCACGACACGACAUCUACUUCCGGCUGGCUCCCCUCCGCUUUAAUAUUCUCCCACGGCGACACGGUCGAGGACCUGUUUUUGUUCCUCGGCGGGCACGCGAUUCUGUAUGCCGCCUUCCGGUUUCUCACCUUUCCCCACACGGAGCGGCGCGACCAGGGCAACCGGUACUUCUUUUUCGUGAACUACCUGACCCUGUUUUUGGUCCUCACGGUGAUCGCGCACACGCCGAAGAUCAAGAACUUCGAUCUGUUCAAGAAUUUCGGGAUCCGCGACACCAUCUAUUUCGCCCUGGCGGCCACCCCGUUCUCCUGUUUUACCGUCUACUUUGGAGACUGGGCCUUCAGCGCGGUUUAUUUAGGGAAAUCAUUCGUCAAGCAGCACCGCAACGCUGUGUACCUCGGCAGGUCUACUUCGGGAGGUGGAAGUGGAACGAAGAAGCCGAGUUCUUUGCAGCGGGGCCCUUCAACCCCGCAAUCCGGACACAUUGUAACUAGCAGCACAGGAGGAGGACGAGCGGAGAGUAAAAACUCCGGUAGACCCACAGCGGGAACUGAGACUGCCAAUGCAUCAUCAGCGACAGCGCCGGGCUCUCGGCGAGGGCUCACGAAGUCUAUGUUUGACGACGGAGAGGAUAAUCAUGAUUUCAAGACAGAUGAUAGACCGAGCGGAGGCAGCGAGGCCAGGAGUCAGACAAGUAGCACAAGCUCCGUCCGCGAUACAGUGAAUAAUAAUUACAACAACGGCGAAGAAGAUGAUGUCAAAAAUGCUUUGAACCUGAAAAACCUGGAUGACCUGGCCCGGACUGUCGGUAAACAGAUGAAGGACCAGAUCACGGCGGCCGCGAACCCAAACACGGCGACCUACACCCUGCUCACCUCGGCGAAGACCACCGUGAUUUUCUCCGCGCACCGCACCGGCCGAGAGUUUGUGAGCAAUGCCACGCUGCUCACCUCGCUCGUCGCCCUGCAGUACUGGCUGACGCUGUUGAUGCUCGCGGAGGACGAAAGCAGCAGCAGUUUGCGCGGCGGCUGGAUCCACCAUUUUUUCUGCAAGGACAGCGUGACCGACACGCUGCUGUCGCACCCGGUCGGCCUGCAGUUGCUCUGCACGGUGGACUUUUUCGGGCUGUUGCUCGUCAGUCUGGUGAGCGAGCGGUUCCUCGGACAGAAGCUAUUACUCUCCUUCGGGCCCAAGUGGGAAAAGAACAAUCGGUUUCUGGACCCGGCGACGCUGAAGGAGAUGGUGCCGUGGUACGCGAUGAUGCAGGUGUUGACCGUCAUGGACAUCGGCAUUACCAGCAUCUUCAUGGGUCGCUUCGACGUGCGCCAACUGCUCACCGCGCUCAAGGGCCCGCCGCGGGUGUUUUCCUUUUUCAAAACCUACGAACAACAUCAACAAGGGGACUUGCUGCAGAAUGGAAGCAGUGGUCUCCUAUUACCUCCGCUUUUGCAACGGGGGGACAGUAAAAUUAGCGAAAGGAGUGCUGUGAGCACCGGUGGUGGGACAGCAGCAGCAUCGAUCAACAGCAGCUCCAUGCUCUACAGCAGUACCAACACGACUGCAGCUAAUCCAGCGAGCAGUACGUCCAAUGAAGCAAGGCGGCCGCGAAAGUUUCUCGGCGGCCGAACGAAGUCCUUCGACAAUUCGGACCAACUGCAAGUACCGUCGCCUGCGAACAAAGACGGCGAGAGCACCAGGACCAGUUCGCAGCCAAAGUCGCCACAUUUAUUGUCCACCGGCGGCAAGCCGGUGGUGGACCGGCACAAAACGGAGUCGGCGAUUGAGUUUCCCGCCAGCUCGCCGCUGAGCUCGCUGCAACGGCGGGGGAACGUGCGCGAGGUGGAGAGGCCGGAGACCGACGAGGAGGACGAUCCGUUCGCGACGGUGUGGAUUGAUUUUGUGGCGGACACCGGGGACGGCUUCAAUGCGCAGUACGCCAUCGCGCGGGCGCAGGCGCAACCCCAACUCCGGGUGCGGGUCCCGACCGACCUGCCCCGCGGCGCGGCCAUGAUCAGCGAGGCGACCAGCGGGUCCGCGUCGAAAAAGGCACGGGUCGGGGGCGCGGGGAGCUACGUCACGCUGCCGCGGCCGAAGUACUAUUUCCACGGGGGCGACAUAGCCUACCCGAGUCCGACGCGGGAGGAGUUUCUGGAACGCUUUUUCUUCCCCUACCACCUGGCGCUGCGCGAACCCAAGGUGCCGCAAGGCGAGUCGAAGAUUAAUGGGACAAGUUCGUCGACUUCCAAUGGAGCGACGAGCCUGCGCCUGGAUAGUCAGCUAGCCGCGUCCACCUCACCGACGGGGUCGUCCGCUGUGUCGACGGGCAGUCCCGUGAAUAGUGGCAGUACAGGAAGUUUUGGAGAACGGCGCGUGAGCGGUGCGUUACCUGCCGCAUUGAUAGUGCAAGACCAGCAAGGUGAUAUCAUGCCGAAUAAUUCGAGUUUUGCGCCGGUGAAGGCGGUGAAUUCGUCGCCAACAAUUCUUUCCUCUUCCAACGUAGAACUAGCGUCCCUUGCUAAUACGGGGGUGACGCAGCAGCAGGGAACAAACGACGCCACAGUAACGAAGCAGGAGCAAGACGUCGAAGAGAGUAAGGCCCGCGAGACUGAGGUGGUGGGACUGAAGAAGGCGACGUCCCUCCUGUCGAGCUUUUUUCACAUCCCGCAGCUCGCGAAUUUGCACGCGACGGAUGAAAACAAGCUGUCUGAGGACUCCACGGCCUCCACCAGUAGCUCUGAGGCGGGAUCGCCACGCGCCACGUCCAGUAGCGAGCCCACGGACCACGGAGAACUUCCGGCGCCGUUGUCACCGCGGGAAGUCGAAGAAAGCCUUGGCGAAGGUUGUACUAACGACGCCUCCGGAAUUACAACUACGAUGCAGUUAGCGGCGAUCCGGGAAACGCAAACGAAGCCCAGCGUCAGCAUUAUUGGCGAGUUGAAGGCCAGGAGUAGUUCGUUUUCGCCGCGGGGUCAGAGUACGACAAACCGGGGAAGCAGCGCGUUAGACGGCACCACGGCGGGUAGUACCAAUAAUGCCUCGGCUGUGCAGCUUACAGGCUCAGGCGGGGGGAGUAGUGGCGCGCUCAACAAACUCACACAGGCCAUAGACACCAUAAGCGAAGAGCAGACAGAAAAGGACAAUGUGCUAGAAAAGGGGCAGAACCAAACUUCUUCUAAACCCGGAGGUGGUGGUGCUUCUGUAUCGAUUCUGGAUCCGAAAAACAACGACGGGACCACGAGCAGUUCUAGCAGCCCAUUGACAACAUCCUUAGUACAGCAACCGCCCGGCGGCCCAACUACGGCGAUUACUUCUCCCGUCAAUAGCCGGUCCGGUACUUUUAGUAGUUCUACCAGGUUCGCCGGAAAUAACCGCGCGAGCAUAAUACGGCGCGGCAGCACCUCCGUGCACUUGGAGUGCAUGCUGAAGAAGGAGAACGAGUACUCCCGGAAGUGCGGGCGGUCCAACGGCGGCCUGCAGAUCGCCUCCCGGCGCGGUUACUACGCCCAAUUCCUGAAGAACAAGGACCACCAGGGCAAGAUCGCGAAGAAGUCGCCCAUCCAGAUGCCCACCGACAAGCUGACGGCGGAAGAACUGAAGGGGCACGAGGGGCCGCUGUGUUUCCUGGUGCCGGGGAACCACGACUGGUACGACAACCUGGACACGUUUCAGGACCUGAUCUGCAACCGCGCGUGGCUUGGGGGUUGGUACAUGCCGCAGACCCACAGCUACUUCAUCACGCAGGUGCACCCGAAUUGGUUCGUGUUCGGGCUGGACAUCAGCCUGACCAACGACAUCGACUCCACGCAGUUUCUCUACUUCAAAACCUUUGUGGAGAACGACUUGAUUCCGAACGUCUCCCGGGUGAUCGCGAUCACCCACCGGCUAUCGUAUUUAAAAACGUCCCCACCUCAUAGUUGUAUAUGCAAAUUUGCAUGCUGACAGUGUUUCUCAUGCGGAGCCCCAUGAGAAGCAUUUUUCGUUCGUGUGCUGGAAUUUGUCAUGCUUAAAUCAGCGUGAUACACUAGAUUUGUGAUGCUGCUGAACUAGCCCAAACAGCACUACACUACGAGUCCAAAUUUGUCAUGCGAAACAGCAAAAACUUGUGGAUUUGUCUAGCCGAUUCCCCAUCUUCUUGACUAUCGGGUGGGGACGUUUUUAUAUAGGAUACCGCCCGAAUUUCAGCUUCGACGCCUCCAGCCGGGAGAAGACCGGGCCGUGGCUGAUGCAGUUGCUGCACGGCGUGAUGAAGGACGUGCUGGCCAUGCGGUGGACCGGGGACCUGCACCACUACAUGCGGUACGAGCCCGACCUGAAGAUGGUCACGCGCGACGGGCUGGGGCAGCCGCUGAAGAGCAAGGCGGACGCGGUCCCGCUGAUCGUGGCCGGCGGCGGGGGUGCGUUCACGCACCCCACGCCCUGGGGGGACCCGGAGCUGCUGACCAAGAACUACCAGCCCUACCCGACCGAGCCCAAGAUGCCCUACGCGGGCUACUAUGAAUUGCAAAAGUAUCGUACUCGUAUAAAUGCAUUACAAAUUAUGUUCUCAGCCUGAGAGAGAAAAUUUGAAUUUGUAAUGCAGAUUUACCUCAAGAAAAAAGAUUUGUAUAUGCAUGACUGCAAUACGAGCACGAUACUUUUGCACAGGAUAGCUACCGCGCCGCGGCCAUGUACCCCAGUGCGGAAACCACGAAGCAAAUGGCGAAAACCAUCCCGUUCAAGUUAUGCAUUGCAAAUAUGUCUGGGUCUGGAAAGUUGGGACUUGUGAUGCUAGCUUUGGAUUCUAAAAAAAUUUGCAUUGCAUGACCAGCAAGUAGUGCAAGAGGAGUCGAGUUCGUGCUGCGCGGGGAAGGCAUUUGUCAUGCGGAAUAGGCAUCAGGAAGCCCUGUAAAAUUCUGUGAUGCUAGGUCAUGCAUUACAGACAACCUUGGUCAUGCCAUAUAUGCAUGACAAACCUGGCAAUCUUCCAGACCCAGACAUAUUUGCAGUUGAUAUAAGUGGCGCAAGAGCAACUACCAGGCGGACAUUGUGAUCGGCAUCGCCUACCUCUGCGCGGCCCUCGGGCUGUUCCCCUGCUGCUUUUUGACCAGCGAGCGGCUCAGUUUUAUCGGUACGACUUCGUACUUGACGACGGCCUACCAGUUUCUGCUCCUCCUCCUCGAGGCCUACCACCACAUGUGGCAGACCACCACGGUCGCGUUGGCAACCCACGUUUUUCUGCUCAUCACCGGCAUCGUCUUCACCGACGGGCAGCAGUGUGGGGUCUGCAAGCAUGAUUCCGUCCGCUGGGCCGUGGGGCUGGCGCACGCGCUGGUGCACAGCUUCUGCAUCGUGUUUUUCGUCGUGUUUUUGGAAACCCUGCUCGAGCUGUCCCCGCAGAACCGCAAGCCCAUCUCCGCCCACCCCGCCAUCGUGGAGACGCUGGAUUUCUACAGCGGCGGGGUGCUGCAGCCGCUCCUGUUGAACCUGAUGCAGGCGGUGGAGCUCCCAAACCUGCUGGUGUCCACCAAGCACGCCAUGUGCGCCGCGGAACCGGUCGCGCGGGAGUGGGUGCUGUUGUACAACCUGGGCAUGUCGAUCUACUUCUACGCCACGGCCGUCCCCACGGCGGCCUUCAUUAUGGGAUCUUUCCUGUUCCUCGGCAUGUACUUCCUCGGGAUUCACCAGGGGGAGGCCUUCGUGUCCCUCCGCGACCCCGACCACAAGUCCUUCCUGCGGUGCCGAAUCGGCCGCGACGGCGUGCUCAAAGGGUGGGCCAUCGGGAUCGAGCAAACGGGCGACGGCAUCGGCCCGCACUGGGAGGUCGACGCCCUCGCGCGCACGAGGAAGGAAGAUCCCUGGAACGACGCCGCGCCCUCCAAGUAUUUGUCCAACAAGGUCAGCGAGCCCCACUUGGUGGAUGUGUUCACCGUCAUUCCCCCGCGGGCCAGUAUGAGAAAAAAAAGAGGACACAAAGGACCACGAUUAGAGUUUGCCUGUUCUUGCAUGUUUGUGUUGGCGUUUCUGCUCCUGAUCAUGCGACCAGAACGUCGCCGUCGGUGGACCAUGUUAGAGCACUUCUCAAAACAGAUUUUGCAAGCCUUCCAGGUGGUAGUUCAUCAUCAAAUUUGGUAUUUGACCUCAAGCGAAAUUCGUGGUAGCAAGGGUCCUUUUGCUUUUUCUCCCCAUAACCGACGGCAGUCCGUCACUUGCGGGCGGGAGUCUACGCAUGCAAAAUGCGCUCACGGUCAAAUGAGGAAGUUCAAGUUCUAGUUGAAAACCUUUUUCAAAAAACGAACGGCCAAUAUACUAUGAAGAAACCUUUUCUCAGAAGAAAUUCUUCUGUAUUUGACAUCCGAUACCGGUCGUCAAAUUCAAAUAGAUACUUCUUGUUCGCUGCAUGAUCUAUCAAUCAGGAAGCAGGUGAAAUUUCUAUCAUGUUUGAAGCCAGAGCGGAAAUUCAGAAUUGUCCAGAUUGUAUGCCGAGCUUCUGAUAGAAGUACAAAAUGAACAAGAUAAGGACCAAGCGCACUCGACGAU